AUGUACGGUCUUGGAAGAUUAUUACACAAGAGAGUAACCACUGCUGGAGGAAAUUACUUAAGGAGGUGGCCUGAUACACCCAGGAUAUUGGUAUUUGGUCCUCCCAAUGUCCCGACUGAGAAGUUAUCUCAGAGAUUAGCCAUUGAUUUAGGCGUUCCUAUUAUUAGUAUGGAGAAAGAGUUUGAAAGAGUCCAGAAAAUGGCUGGAAGGAAAGAAUAUGACCAUCCAUUCUAUACUAAGGUUAAGGAAAUAUUAGAUGAAGGUGACCAAGAUACUAUUACUAAAGAAAAGAUUGGACUUAAAUUACUUCGUAUUGCUGAAUAUGCUCAAGAAGGAUUUAUUCUCAACGAUUUUCCUCAUUCAGUAGCCGAUGCUGAGUCUCUUGAGGAGCUCGGUGGAGGUAUGAAUGCCUUUGUGCACCUUAAUAUGCCAGAGCUUUUCCUUGCUCAGAUCGAAUCAGCUAAGUAUGAAUGUGGUGACUGAGGAGCUGUUUAUCAGAGAGAGGAUGUAAUUGACGAAGAGACAGGCAUCACUCAAAAUGCUAAUUAUCCAGAGGAUGGUUUUUGUGAUAACUGUGGAUCAAUUCAUAUCAGACCAGCCACUGAUCCAGAAGCUUUUGAGAAUGCUCUUCAAGCUUACUCCCAAAGGAAAGAAGAAUUGCUAGAUUUCUACAAUUACUUAGGAUUAUUAGUCGAUAUUGACUUAAGGAAAGGAGGACUUGAAGACUACGAGAGAGUAAAAUCAAAUCUGCAAUUUAACAUCAAAUUCUAA